GUCUCUGUAUAACGUCGUCAUCUGUUUCUCAAGGUCAAGGCUGCCAAAAAUUCCACCACAAAAAAAAAAUAAAAUCAGAGAUCAGAUCUAAAUUAAUUAGCUAAAAGAAAAGAAGAAAGCAAUAAUGGCGACUCUUGAGGUUCUUCAGAUGGUUGAAGAAGGUCUCCUUUCAUCUCCUCCAAAAGCUGAAAAUGAAAAACCCCGAGAUUUGUCCAUCGAGAAGAAGAUCGAUUUCCUUGAAAGCUUGACUGGAAGAGUUAGCAACCGUCGAUCUCGGAGAUGGUUAAAUGAUCGAUUGCUGAUGGAGCUUGUGCCUCGUUUAGAUGCAGAAGAAAUUAGAGGCUUGUUUGCUCCACCACCUUGGGGUGAUGAUGUGCCACUGUCACCAUUUUGCAUGACUAAUAUUGGAGAGUGGGACAAGUUUAGGAAUAUAGACAUGGACAAGCAGGCUAAUAUUAUUGACAGACUAAAUAGGAGGUCUGUCAAAAGGGAAGGUCAUGUUGAUGCUGAUAAGAUGGCUGUCAUGAAUGCAUGGCAUAGAAUAGAUUGCCGAACUAGAGAUGCACUUCGUCGUAGCUUCCUUGUAGAACUUAUUGAGAGCUAUGAGGCAUGCAUCCGGGUUUUCAUUCAAGAUGGUGGAGAUGAAGUUCUAUCAUUACGGGUCCAAGAUCCCUUUCAUAGAUUGUUGCUGCAUGGCGUCUGUGAGUUCUACAACUUGGCCUCAGUGACUGAGACAGAGUCAAAGGAUGCAGAGUCAUUUAAGACGACAAAAAUAAAGAAGAAGAAAAUGGCUGUAGUUGAGCUCCCGAAUAUCACUCUUUCCAAUUUUUUGAGAAUGUCCAAGGAAGGUGUAUGGUAGCUCCAAUGGGAUGGAUCUCCAAUUGAUGUAUGUAAAUAAAGUUGGGAUCCAUGAUAAAGCCUGACUUAUGGAUGCAAUAUUUUAUUAUGAUGGGCCAGCCUGUUCAUUUUGUAUCAUUGAUAACAUUUUAGGUUAUAUUUGUUGGCACAAAUGUCAGUAAAUCAAGGCUAUUUAGCAAA